CAAACUGGCCAGGGCUACUUGGCAUUUUAAAAAUAUUUAAUCAUUCAUGAGUUGAGCUUCAUUUUCUUGAGUCAUGGAUGACAAGGCUUCUGUUGGAAAAAUCAGUGUCUCCUCAGACUCAGUGUCUACUCUUAAUAGUGAAGAUUUUGUCUUGGUUUCCAGGCAAGGAGAUGAGACACCAUCUACAAAUAAUGGAAGUGAUGACGAGAAAACAGGACUCAAGAUUAUAGGGAAUGGAAGUGAGCAGCAGCUGCAAAAAGAGUUGGCAGAUGUGCUGAUGGAUCCUCCAAUGGACGACCAGCCAGGUGAAAAGGAGCUUGUGGAAAGGUCGCAACUGGAUGGCGAAGGAGAUGGGCCUCUUUCUAAUCCGCUCUCAGCUUCAUCCACCAUUAACCCUGUGCCAUUAGUAGGGCUCCAAAAACCAGAGAUGAAUCUGCCAGUGAAACCUGGACAAGGAGAUUCUGAAGGGUCAAGUCCUUUCACACCAGUGGUCGAUGAGGACAGUGUGGUCUUCAGCAAGCUGACUUACUUAGGCUGUGCCUCGGUAAAUGCUCCCCGGAGUGAAGUGGAAGCCUUAAGGAUGAUGUCCAUUUUAAGAAGCCAGUGUCAGAUUUCACUAGAUGUAACAUUAUCAGUGCCGAAUGUGUCUGAAGGAACUGUGAGACUCUUAGAUCCUCAGACAAACACUGAAAUAGCAAACUACCCUAUCUACAAAAUCCUCUUCUGUGUCAGAGGGCAUGAUGGAACUCCUGAGAGUGACUGUUUUGCUUUCACUGAAAGUCAUUACAAUGCAGAGCUCUUCAGGAUACAUGUCUUCCGGUGUGAAAUACAAGAAGCUGUAAGCCGGAUACUUUACAGUUUUGCCACUGCCUUCCGCCGUUCUGCCAAGCAGACCCCACUUUCAGCCACUGCUGCACCCCAGACUCCUGACAGUGACAUCUUUACCUUCUCUGUGUCUUUAGAAAUUAAAGAAGAUGAUGGUAAAGGUUAUUUUAGUGCAGUUCCUAAAGAUAAGGACAGACAAUGCUUUAAACUACGCCAAGGAAUUGAUAAGAAGAUUGUCAUCUAUGUGCAACAAACAACUAAUAAAGAACUUGCCAUUGAAAGCCUGGUUGGUGUGGCUCAGUGGAUUGAGCGUUGUCCCAUGGACUGUGAGUUCUUUCUUUGCAGGUGUUUUGGUCUUCUUCUUAGCCCAGGAAAAGAUGUACGAAAUAGUGACAUGCAUUUGUUAGAUUUGGAAUCUAUGGGCAAAAGUUCAGAUGGAAAGUCUUAUGUUAUCACUGGGAGCUGGAAUCCAAAAUCCCCACAUUUUCAAAUUGUAAAUGAAGAAACUCCUAAAGAUAAAGUGUUGUUUAUGACCACAGCUGUUGAUUUGGUAAUAACAGAAGUACAGGAGCCUGUUCGAUUUCUCCUAGAGACAAAAGUCCGAGUUUGCUCACCUAAUGAAAGGUUAUUCUGGCCCUUCAGCAAACGUAGUACUACUGAAAAUUUCUUUUUGAAACUAAAACAGAUAAAGCAGAAAGAGAGAAAGAGCAAUACCGAUACUUUAUAUGAAGUUGUGUGCUUGGAAAGUGAAUCAGAAAGAGAGAGGAGGAAAACUACAGCCAGUCCCUCAGUUCGCCUGCCACAGUCUGCAUCUCAGUGCUCAAUGAUACCGUCUCCUCCUGAAGAUGAUGAAGAGGAAGAUAACGAUGAACCCCUCUUAAGUGGAUCUGGUGAUGUAUCCAAAGAAUGUGCAGAAAAAAUUCUCGAAACAUGGGGAGAACUGCUGUCAAAAUGGCAUCUCAACUUGAGUGUGAGACCAAAGCAGUUGUCAUCCUUAGUAAGAAGUGGUGUUCCUGAAGCUCUUCGAGGAGAAGUCUGGCAGCUGCUAGCAGGUUGUCACAACAACGACCACCUGGUAGAAAAAUAUCGAAUUCUCAUCACAAAGGAGUCUCCCCAGGACAGUGCUAUCACCCGGGAUAUUAACCGGACAUUCCCAGCCCAUGACUACUUUAAGGAUACAGGAGGAGAUGGACAAGAUUCCUUGUAUAAAAUAUGCAAGGCUUAUUCUGUGUAUGAUGAAGAGAUUGGCUAUUGCCAGGGCCAGUCAUUUCUUGCUGCCGUUCUGCUCCUCCAUAUGCCUGAAGAACAGGCAUUCAGUGUUCUGGUCAAGAUCAUGUUUGACUAUGGUCUCAGGGAGCUUUUCAAGCAAAACUUUGAAGAUUUGCAUUGCAAAUUUUACCAGUUGGAGCGCCUCAUGCAGGAAUACAUUCCUGACCUGUACAACCACUUCUUGGAUAUAAGCCUUGAAGCUCACAUGUACGCCUCCCAGUGGUUUCUCACACUUUUCACUGCAAAGUUCCCUCUCUACAUGGUCUUCCACAUCAUCGACCUGCUGUUGUGUGAGGGAAUAAGUGUUAUUUUUAAUGUCGCCCUUGGAUUAUUAAAGACAUCCAAGGAUGACUUGCUGUUGACAGACUUUGAAGGCGCCUUGAAGUUUUUCAGGGUCCAGCUUCCUAAGAGAUACCGCUCAGAAGAGAAUGCAAAGAAGCUCAUGGAGUUAGCUUGCAACAUGAAGAUUAGUCAGAAGAAGCUGAAAAAAUUUGAAAAAGAAUAUCACACCAUGAGGGAGCAGCAGGCCCAGCAGGAAGACCCCAUCGAGCGAUUUGAGCGGGAGAAUAGGCGUCUACAAGAAGCAAACAUGAGGUUGGAACAGGAAAAUGACGACUUAGCCCACGAGCUGGUGACCAGCAAGAUCGCGCUGCGCAAGGACCUGGAUAACGCUGAGGAAAAGGCAGAUGCACUGAAUAAGGAGCUGCUUAUGACCAAACAGAAGUUGAUUGAUGCAGAAGAAGAGAAAAGGCGGCUGGAAGAAGAGUCUGCUCAGUUAAAAGAAAUGUGUCGCCGGGAACUCGACAAGGCAGAAUCUGAGAUUAAAAAAAACAGUUCUAUCAUCGGUGACUACAAGCAGAUUUGUUCUCAGUUGAGUGAAAGAUUGGAGAAGCAGCAGACAGCUAAUAAAGUAGAAAUUGAGAAAAUUCGGCAAAAAGUAGAUGACUGUGAGCGCUGCCGAGAGUUUUUCAACAAAGAAGGGCAUGUAAAGGGCACCAGCGCAAGUAAGGACGUUUUAGAUGAGGACACUGAUGAGGAGAAGGAGACGCUCAAGAACCAGCUGAGAGAGAUGGAGCUGGAGCUGGCACAGACCAAGCUGCAGCUGGUGGAGGCUGAGUGUAAGAUUCAGGACUUGGAGCACCAUCUGGGCCUCGCCCUAAAUGAGGUGCAGGCCGCCAAGAAGACGUGGUUUAACCGAACACUGAGCUCCAUAAAGACAGCGACCGGGGUGCAAGGGAAAGAGACUUGCUGAGAGCAGCUGUGGCCUCCAGACACUGUCAGACACAGGGCACCUUUGCUGCCUUUGGCCAGAUGUGAUGCUGUGACAUGUCCCCGGACCAGCUGUACCUAAGUCCGAUUCCUACAAGUGUGUUGGCAGGUCAUGGACCAGAGGUCCUGAAGCAGGCAGCCUCUGGGGUGAGGCUCCUAACCACUGACACUAACAGGCCUGCUGUCCCGACAGCUGCUCUGGACACUCUAGAAAAUCACUCCUGGGGCCUCCCCAGCCCCCAGCCCCGAGGCUGAGGCGACAU